CCGCGUCCGUCCGCAGGCCUCCGCGCGCUCUUCCGGCCAUUCAUACGCCUAGUCGGUGGGUCUUGGGAGCCUGAAUUCCGCGUGCAGUCGGACCAGGAGGGAGGCUGCGCCGCUAGGAUGAAGCUCGUGAGAUUUUUGAUGAAAUUGAGUCAUGAAACUGUAACCAUUGAAUUGAAGAAUGGAACACAAGUUCAUGGGACAAUCACAGGUGUAGAUGUCAGCAUGAAUACGCAUCUUAAAGCCGUGAAAAUGACCCUGAAGAACAGAGAGCCUGUACAGUUGGAAACCCUGAGUAUUCGAGGCAAUAACAUUCGGUACUUUAUUCUACCAGACAGCUUACCUCUGGAUACACUACUUGUGGAUGUUGAACCUAAGUUGCAGGAAGAGGUCGAGGCCGAGGCAGAGGAAGAGGACGUGGUCGCGGCAGAGGAAGAGGGGGUCCUAGGCGAUAAUGUCACUCAAGAUUACUGUUUCAAAGUGAUAAGGAAUUGGGGAUGGUUUUUGUACAGGUUUUGUUUGUUUGUCAGUUUUUAAUAAACAUAAGUAUGGGGACAGAGUUGUCUGCUGAUUAUCAAGCAAAAGUUUCAGUAUUAACUGUGUAGUCACAUAGUAUGUUCAGUUCUGUGGGUUGGUCACAUUGCACAUGCAUUCAACAUGGGUUUGAUUUCUUUUUUUCCUGUUUUGUUUUGUUUUUUGAGACAGGUUUCCUGGACUCGCUUUGUAAGACCAGGCUGGCAUUGAACUCACAGAGAUCUGCCUGCCUCCCAAGUGCUGGGAUUACAGGUGUGUGCCAUCACAUCUGGCUGUGAAAAAAAAAUUUUAAUGGUGAAUUUUAUUCUAUCAUGCGUGUGCACGCACAUACAUACACACCGUCUCCGUCCCCACUCCUGUCCCGUGGAUUCCACCCUGAGGAAUUCAGCUGAAGGUCAAGAAAGUUGUGUUUCGGGUUUAGACAUAUUCUGAAUAGUUAGCACUUUAUACUCUUGCAAAGGACCCAGCACUCUCAUAGGGUGACUUGAAACUGUGUAACUUAAGCUUGAAGGGAUCUGAUGCUCUCUUCUGCUUUCAGGCAUACCACACACACACACAAUUUUUAAAAGUGUGUCAUGUAUGUUUUGGCACAUGUCUGUGUACCUAGCACUGAAGAGGCUAAGAUGGCAGUUGAAGGCCAUCUGCUAUGAGGCAGGUUCACAGCCAUAUGCAUUGCAUUGUACAUGAUGGAUAGACUGUAGCCCAGUGGUAAAUCAAGUGCUUAGUACACAGAAGGAUUCAGUACUCAGCACAGAAUAUGCAUGAGAGGAUGUGUACAGAGCCUGAUGCCUGAUGGGGUUAGAUACUAGGCCAAAGGUCAACCAGCAGUAUAAAAACCAAUGCAUAUCCCCCAGCCCCAAUUUUUCUGUGUUCUUUUUGACUCUGGGCAUUACUGUGUAGCUCAGGCUGCCUCUGACCUAACCUACCUCACCUACAUGCUGGGUUAGCAGAAAUAAUGCAAGUAUGCCCAGCCUUCGUAACUUUUUAAAUUAAGAUACCUGGGGAGGGGGGCUAUAGAGAUGGCCCAGAGGUUAAGAGCACUGGUUGCUCUUCCAGAGGUCCUGAGUUCAAUUCCCAGCAACCAUAUGUGAGAUCUGGUGCCCUCUUCUGGAAUGCAGGUGUACAUGCAAGCAGAACUUUGUAUACAUAGUAAAUCUUAAAAAGGGGUGGGGAAGCUGGAGAUGUAACUAAGUGGUAAGGUACUUUCCUGCAGUGAGCAAAUGUCAGUGUCUCACAGGGUAGCAGCCAGAGCCAGGUGUGAUUUUAAGUAAAAUGGUAAAAAGAUAUAUUUUAAAGCAUGUUUUGUUUUGAAAGUUUUAGUGUCAACCGUGUGGUGGUGGUGCACUCUUAAUCCCAGCACUUGGGGAGGCAGAGGUAGGUGCAUCUCUGAGUUUGAUGCCAGCCAGGUCUCCACAGAGAAAAAAGCUUGUCUUGAAUGUUUGCAAUGUUCUAAAGACAGCUUAACAGGAAGAAGCUGCAGUGGGUACUUCUUGAGCUUAUUCCACUAGAAGCUAUCGUUUUAUUAUUUUUGUUUGGGUGAUGGUAGGUUUAUGUGGGUUUUUUUGUUUGAUUUUUGCUGUUUUGAGACAGAAUUUCUCUGUGUAACCCUACCUGUCCUGGAACUCACUUUGUAGACCAAGCUGGACUUGAGCUCAGGGAUCCUCCUGCCUUUGCCUCACAAGUGCUGGACUCAAAGGUGUACACCACCACACUCAGCUGUGAAAAGGUUUAAGCUGGCUUAAACUCUACAGCACAAUAGAAAAUUAGUUGAAGCUCUUGAGUUUGAGGCCAGCCUGGUCUAUAAAGCGAGUCUAGGACAGCCAAGGCUGAACAAAGAAACCCUGUCUCAAAAAACAAGUUGGAUUUUUAACUCAAAUCCUUUGUUUACCCACAAAAGCAGUGUGUAGGAUCUUAGUUUUAAUUACUUUUGCAAACACUAUGUGGUGGAAGUUGUGGUUUCUUUGAAAUGCUAUGUAAAUGUUUUGGUUUUAAUCUCAGUGGGGUAUGGAACUGCCUUAGUUUGUCUACAGUGACCGAGAGAGGGGCGUGGUCGUUGCCAGCUGAAGGUAGUGGAAUUCUGAGGACUCUAGGAGAGAUCGAUACCAGGGCCCAGGGAGAGAAAGAGACUUCAAGGAGAUGGACAGAGGAGGAAGAAGGCUGCCUGUUGGUCCUGCUGCACCUGCUGUUUGCGGCUGCGGCUGCUAGAUGUCCUGACGACUGAGAUUGGCAUUUCCCCAAAGCACUCAUCCACCCUAACCAGCCAGAACUACGUCUAAAGAGGUCUGCGGCUCUUCCUUCUAAUCUUCAUCGCUUGUACCUAGGGUUGGGGGAGUUGGAAGGGAGGUAGAGGCUUAAAGAACCCCAAAUAAACAGGACAGAACUAUCUAUACCUAGUGGCCACUGGAUUACAAACUGAAGUGCCAAAGAAAAGUGUCUCUAAAUAGACCAUGUAAGGACAUUAUACAAAACAGGCACUUUGUAAGCCUCGGCUAGGAAGGUGCAAGUCAGGUGAUAGAUUUCACUGCUCUGUACACACCCAUGUGACUGAAAAUACUUAUUUUGGGUUUAGCAAGCAGAUUACUUUUUUACAGAGACUGAAUAAUUAACACUCACCAUACUUAACAUUUCGAUAGGAUUAUAGCUAAAUAACUGGGUGUGCUGUCAUCUGCCUAUAAUUCUAGCACCCUGAGCAAAGCACAGUAAGACCCUGUCUUCAAAGCAGAAUGUAAAUUGAAUUUCUAAGUGAUGGAUGUGUAGCUCAGUGGUGGAGAAUGUGCCAGACAUACACAAGCCCUUGGUCCAAAGCAAGCAGUACCAACAAAAAGAACCCCAAAGCUUGUACUGGUUAGAGUUGUCUGAGAGGAAGGAGCCUCCAUGAGGAAACGACUCCACAAGAUCCAGCUCUAAGACAUUUUCCAAUUAGUCAUCAGUGGGGCAGGGCCCAGCCCAUUGUGGGUGGUGCCAUCCCUGGGCUGGUGGUCCUGGAUUCUAUAAAAAAGUAAGCCAGUAAGCAGCACCGUCCAUGGCCUGCUUGAGUUCCUGUCCCACCUUCCUACAAUAAUGAACAGCAAUAUGGAAGUAUAAGCUAAAUAAAUCCUUUUCUCUCUAACUUGCUUUUUGAUCAUGUGUUUCAUGCAUUAAAAACCCAAACUAAGAAAA